AUGUUGUUUAUCCCGCGAGUCUUGAACGGAUUUGGACUCGCACGAAUGAUCUUCUGCGUGUAAAAUCAUUGUAAAAAUCGUUGUACGCGCGUAUCGAAUGAGCUGCAGGACCAUCUCACCGAUCAAAACGCUACAAAUUCGGGUCAUUAUGUCUGUGGUGUGUUAAGCGGUGCGCCCUGCUGCAUCUGGUGUUUUAAGGCUGCCAUCAUGUUCAUCGCCGAUCUGCGCAAAGAGUUCUACCAGGAGCUGAUCGGCAAGCGCCUGCUGGUGCUGGUGAACUACGAUAUCGAUGCGAUCUGCGCGAGCAAAAUUCUGCAGUCCCUGUUUCGCUGCGACAAUGUGCUCUACUCGCUGGUACCGAUUAUGGGCCUGGCGGGGUUAAGGCGAGCCUACAACGAGCACAAGGAGGACGUGCGCUAUGUGCUGCUGGUCAACUGUGGCGGUUGCAUCGACAUUGUAGAUGUGCUGCAGCCCGAGCAGGAUGUCGUCUUCUUCAUCUGUGACUCUCACCGGCCGUACGAUGUGUGUAAUGUUUACAGCGAUGGCCAGGUUCAGAUACUUGGUGAGAUGAACACGAAUGAAAACAUCCCGGCGUUCGAAGACAUUUUUCAGGAUUCGGACGAGGAGAGUGACGAUGAGGACGGUGGUUACGAAGGUGGUGGCGGUGAUGAGGACAGUGAUAACGAAUCUGGAGGAGCUAACCAGCGAGUGAAUCGUAUUGAGAAGCGCCUGCUGCGUCGCCGAGAACGCAAAGCAUGGCAGGAGCGUCGCAAUACGCUAAUGUUCGAAUACGCACAGUACGCCUACUACGCUCAAAGUUCGGCUCUCACAGUGUUCGAGCUAGCCUGGCACAUGUCGAAGGACUCGAUCGAUCUGCUCUGGUGGGCGAUCGUCGGUGUAACCGAGCAGAAGCUGCUCGGCAAGCUCGAAAGUUCCUCCUACACGCUGCUCAUGCAACGCAUUCAGUCACACGUAUCGCGCCUUACGAACAAAGCAAGCGACCAAGCGAUCCAGACGUCGGUGAAAAUCGUUUUCGAAAGCGAUCUGCAACUAGCUUUGUUCCGUCACUGGAGCGUGCUGGAUUCGUUUCGUUACUCCUACUAUCCCGCCUGCCGUCUGAAGCUGUGGACCUACAAGGGGGAGAAAGUGAUGCAUGAGAUGCUCGUCGAUAUGGGACUACCGCUGGUGCAGGCCAAACAAACGUUCAGCGCGAUGGAUCUGGUGUUAAGGAAAGAGUUCUACGAGAAGAUGGAAAAGUUUGCCGAAAAAUACAAUAUGCCAGAGGUGACGUACGCGUCGUUCGUGCUGAAUUACGGAUACCGGAAUCGCUACUCCGCUGCCGACUAUGUCUACGCCUUGCUCGCUAUCCUCGAAUCGGUGGGUAAGAAUCGGCUUCCCGAGGCGUGCUUUCUCGAAUCGAUGGAUGCGCUGUCACGAGCCGAAAAACCAGUGCUGGACGAAGGUAUCGAGCGAUGCAAAACGCUGCUGGUGACCAUCUUUAAGCAGGUGCAGAGCAGCCUCGAAUUACACCAGAUUCGGUCCGGCGGCGGGUUCCUCUAUCUGGUGCUGCAGGAAGAGGUGCCGUUCUUUAGCUGUCCCUACGGGUUGCUCAUGCUGGCGCGCUUCCUAUUGCGGGCUCACGUGGCCGUCUCGCGUAAUGUACGAGCCAAAGAGCUGCCCCUGAUUGUCAUCGCACCAAUCAGUCUGCAGCGAGGUGUUUCGUUGCUUGCCGGUGUACCGCCGGUCGUCGAGGACAGUCGGCACUUUUUUGCCAAAGCAUUCGAGGAUGCCAGCAACCGGAGUGGGGCCGUGAUAUCGCAGGACUUUUUUGAAACAGCCGUCAUUCAGAUUCAACACGCGGAUUGUGCGAAAUUUUUCGAUGCACUCAACGUGAUUUUAAGCUGAUCGUCUCUAUCUGUCUGUAUGUGUGUGUGUAUGUGUGCAAAGUUCUUUGCUGGGCUCCCGUUCCACCGUCACGUAUUUAAUGUUCGGGACCGUCGCUAGUCGCAUCGUGCGAAAUCGUUCAAGUUUCAAGGCGAGUCGUUAUCGGAAGGUUUGAGAUACCCUGAUACCCUGAGAUGGUUCCAGAUACCGGAAUGAAGGAGAACUCAAUUUUACACAUUUCGACCUCUACUUUCCAACUCUGAAAAAGAAUACAUUCUCUCCUCAUGGUUACUCAGCUUACUCAUCGUCGUCCGCAAUAGACAUGCAGUUGCAGAUCUUGCGGCACCAGCAAAAGGUACAAUGAA